AUGUUGCAGAAAGUAGAAUACAGGUACAAAUUAAAAAAAGUUAACUGGGAAACAUUUUACGAUAUUUUGGAGGAACAUAAACAUUAUUUUAAUAGUUUGGAGUUUACUAACUCAGACAUUAUUUCUAAAUAUAAUAAUUUUGUUGAAUUCAUUGAUAAGACCAUUAUAGAUUCAUAUUCUAAAGACGAUGACAAACCUAUAAGCACCAGUAAUAUUAGACUCAGAAACAACUGCUCGUCUAGUAACCCACAAUGUAUUUGGUGGAACGAAGAAUGCUCUAAAGCGAUUCGCCUAAGAAAAAAUGCUCAACUAUCUAUUAAACACCGGUUUACAAUAGAACAAUUCAUAGAAGUUAAAAAAACGGAAGCUUUAGUAAGAAAAACUUUAAAAGAAGAAAAAAUGAAAUCGGUCAGAACUUUUUGUGAAUCAGUUAAUCCGCGAACAAAUAUUCGUAAGUUUUGGAACAAAAUUAAAAUGUACAAAAAUGGUAUCAAUAGAAUCCAAAAUUCUACAGGAAAUAAAAAACAGGAAAACAGUAUUAAAGACACAAUUGAGAGUUUGUGUUCCUCCAAAAUGAAUGUAGACAGGACUUUGAGAAACAUAAAUGGGAUGGAAGAACAAGAACAUGAUAGUUUUUUAGACUUUCCAUUCUCUUUUGAAGAGCUUCAAUUUUGUUUAAAUAACACAAAUACAAAAUCUUCCCCCGGAAUAGAUAAGAUAGAUUAUGAGAUCAUCUCAAACUUACCUGAAUUUUAUCAGAGAAUUCUACUCGAGCUUUAUAACGACAUAUUCCAUUGUAAAGUAUUUCCAGAAGAUUGGAAAUCGUAUUUAGUUAAAUUUAUUCCGAAAGGAACCUCAGACAAAGUGAGACCCAUAUCACUGGCCUCUUGUAUGUUAAAGGUUAUGGAGAGAUUAGUUAAAGAACGAUUAGAGUGGUGGUGCGAAACAAAUGGUUUUUUAGCACAGUCGCAAAUGGGAUUCCGAAAGGAUGAUAUAAGCAUAUAUAAUAAAGAAUCUAAUUUAAGUGUUGAAGAAAAGACACGCAAACUGGAGACGGAAGCAUCUAGAAUUGUAUUGUUUUUAAGAGAAAGAGGACUUGAAAUCGCCCCCGAUAAAUGCGUACUUGUAAUAUUUCAUGAUUCUAAUUAUAAUUAUUAUAAAGAUAUCCAAAUCAGUAUUAAUAAUAUAUCAGUGGGUACUUCUGAACAUGUAAAGUUCCUAGGCUUCGCCAUAUGGAGUGAAGAUCAAGACUUUAACAGUGCCUUUAAAAUACUUGAUAAAGCAUCAAUAUAUACGGCUGAAUGUAAAGCACUUAUAAAUGUAAUAGAUAAAAUCACAGUUGAACGGGAGUGUGAAUUCCUUGUGUUCUCUGAUUCACAAAGUGCCUUAUUAGCUUUAGCAAAUAAUAAAAAUAGGUGUUCUCCAUUAAUUGCAGAGCUUAGACAGAAACUUGCUUCUCGAGCUGAAGAAAAUGUUAAAAUUAAAUUAGUUUGGAUCCCAGCUCAUGCGGGCAUUAAAGGGAAUGAAACUGUAGAUAAAAUGGCUAAGAAUGCUGCAAUUGAUGGAAAACUUCUAAACGACCCAAUACCUUACUCAGACUUCUUUGCAAAUAUUAAGGAAACAUGUAAAAAAGAGAACCAAGAUAUAAUUACUAAUUUAGGAAAAAAGAAAGGAAUUUUUUACUUCGAAAAUUUUGGUGAUAUUGAAGGAGAGUUUAUCGACAAUAUUGAAUGUAAAAUUUAA